GCUUAUAUUUUAACAAUAGGCUUGAGAAUACAAAGAAUGACCUGACACAAGUUUCGAAUUACGAGUUGGGUAUUUAAUCUACUUUAUUAUCACGCAGAUAGAAUCAACACCCCGGGUUUAUUUUGACAAUACCGUGUCGUCCUAUCGAAACUAGUACGCGGUAUACCGCCUAUAGUUUACUUUUGAUAUAGCUGUUGUAUACCCUACCGCCCUACCAGUUAAGGGUGGUUUGUGAAAAAAGGCGAGCGAUUAAAUUUAAGAGUUUUUGUGAAAACAAUCGACGAUGCACACGUAUGAAUGCAAUCGAUGUGGCAACAAAUUUGGCAGCCCCGCAGCAGUUCGAAUUCAUCUGCGAAAAGUUCAUUUUAACAAAGUCCUUUGUGAUAAAUGUGGAAACGAAAUUCACAGCAAGGAACUAAAGACGCAUAAAAACAUAGAACACCCGUUCGAUAAGCAACUUCCGAUCAUCUACAAGCAGCCGCCAUCUAUCGCGUGCAGGGUUCUUAGACCACGAGACAGUACGGAGGAGCAAAGUUUUUGGGAAGUCCCUACUUCGAGAAUAUCUCUGUUCACGUCACCAGGAGCAAUUACAACUUGCAGGAUGUGUAAUCAAGUUAUGGGAAGUGUUCAUGGAAGAGAAAGGCACGAGAGGGAUAUCCACAGUCUAACUACACAAACAAAAGACUCGCUUUCUCUGCGUCUCCAAAACUGGAACAUACUCGAUUUUUUAAAACCAUGCGACGUUGAAAGAUAUAUAAAUCAGGAGCUGAAACCAAAGUUGUCUGGAUCCACUGAAUGCAACGAUGAUGUCAAUCUACUCGUUAAUUUCCUCUUGGAAGAAUUGCCACUUCCAGUCAGUCAUGUCAUUCGGGGGGGAUCGUACGGAAAAAGCACUUGCAUUCGUGGACAUUCCGACAUUGAUAUGGUUGUAUUUGUCGAAAACUUCUCUUUGGUAGAAGGUACAGCGCAAUGUUCGUUGAACAUGGUUCAAUUCAUAAAAGACUUAAAAAAACGACUUCAAAACUCGCUGUUGGCCACCAGAGUUCUAAUGAGUGACGUCACACCCCUGGCGCUACGUUUUCAAUGGAAAUGUGUAAAGAACGAUCAUAUACAUCAUGUAGACGUUUUACCGUGUAAUGAUUUGUUAGGACCACGUCCAACUCAAGAGGAUAAAAAGGCAAUCUAUCGCCGCAUUGAAAACUGCAAAAACUCGCUUCAACUUCAACUGUACAGCGCUGCCUUGCUACAGCUUCAAGUGGAGUUUGUGCGACGCAAGCCAGCUCCGCUUCGUGACCUUAUGCGCCUUGUCAAGCACUGGAAGCAAACAAGUUUUGGUGAAAACAGUAAAAUAAAUAAAUUCCGGAGAUUACCGAACUCGUAUACCCUGGAAUUAAUUACAGUUCACGUUUGGGAAAAUCAUGGGAAGCCUCUGCAUUUUAAAUUUCUACACGCAUUUGCUUCCAUUCUUGAGCAACUUAUAAAAUAUGAAGACUUAUGUGUGGCGUGGAACGAAAACUAUUUCCUGAAAAGCUUGUGGGUUCAACAAGCUUUGACCGAACACCGACCAAUAAUUCUUGAUCCAGCCAACCCGUUGAACAACGUCUGUGCAAGCGUGAACGCAUGGGACGAAGUGGCGUACGUUGCACAACAGAGUCUUGCUAAACCCCUCUUUGAUGGUGUUAGAAAAAACAUUUCUUGGAGAUAAACAUAUUGGCUCGUUUUGCCUUUUACUGUAGAAUAUUGUGCAACUGGCUGAGUUUCGAAUAUUUAAUUUCC